AAUCGUGAGGUGCGUCGCGUCAAAAACACCGAUGUUCGCCUAAUCGAUUUCGGUUCAGCUACAUUCGAUCAUGAGCAUCACAGCACAAUUGUAUCGACACGUCACUACCGUGCACCGGAAGUUAUUCUUGAAUUGGGUUGGUCGCAGCCCUGUGACGUUUGGUCAAUUGGCUGCAUACUCUUCGAAUUAUAUCUGGGCAUCACACUCUUCCAAACGCACGACAAUCGUGAGCAUCUCGCGAUGAUGGAGCGUAUAUUGGGCCAAAUACCAUAUCGUAUGGCACGUAAUCAUUGUCAUUACAGCAAAACAAAAACAAAAUACUUCUAUCACGGUAAGUUGGACUGGGAUGAGAAGUCAUCGGCUGGACGUUAUGUACGUGAUCAUUGUAAGCCAUUGUUUAGAUAUCAAAUGAGCGAUACAGAAGAUCAUUGCGAGCUCUUUGAUCUGAUCAAGAAGAUGUUGGAUUACGAGCCAUCACAACGGAUUACGUUAGGUGAUGCGCUACGACAUCCAUUCUUCGACAAGCUCCCACCGCACCAACGCGUUGGCGACGUCGGCAACAAUAAGCAGGCCGUCUCUUCGGGCAGCAGCAGCAGUCGUGAACGUUCGCAUAGCUUGUCAAGAUGAGAUUUAGCGCGAUUUGGUUAUUGUUAAUUAAAAUUAGAAUUGCAACAAGGAACAACAGAGAAAAAAAAGAAGGAACAAUAAACAACAACACGAACUACAAAUAUACAAACAAAAUAUGAUGCAGCAAUGAGUAGAGAGAAGAAAAGGCAGGACUUAGGCGCAACCAGCGAACAACAGGGGAUGAUGACAAUGGUGCAGCGCAACAACCACCGUACCAGAAUCAAACUUUGGUGAAGAGAAAAAGACAAGACUUCUUCAUCAUCACACAAUGUCAACCACAAUUAGGUAGCAGUGAAAAUAGCAACAACACACUUCCAUAAACUAACUACAUUAUAGAAAAAAAAAAUUCGCAAGCAUACAAUAACAAUAGUAAGGAACAAAAAUAACUUAUAUACAGCAACAAUUAGAAGCAGACAGACAUACAUAAAGUUCAAGGUUGUACUACAUAACAUAGGUACAAGCGCAAUUAAUAUUGCAGGUACUUUUUAUAAAAGUAUAAUUUCCUGUUUUGCAUGCAACUCAACAUCUUUGCUAUGCUAAAGAAAUCGUAGAAACUGCGAAAAGAGCUGAGCAAUUUAAAGCGCUACACAUACUGAAUUUGGCGAAAAUAGAAAAAAAAACACACAAACAGUAAUGCAUACAUGUUUGCUUUUUUCGCUUUUGCGAAAUGGAUGUUUUACUUAAAACUUUUAUGUGAAACUUAAUUCUUCUAAUUUGAAGUUACUACCCGUGCGCCAUACUUUGGAGCGUCACUUGCAGCAUACAUUCAUAUACACUGCAUGUACUAUCAUCACUAUUUUGCGCGUACAUACGCAUACAUAUGUACGCUUACUUUGUACUUUACACAGAUACAUAUAUAUUUUGUAUAUUUUGCCCCCUCACUUUACCACAUGCAAAUUUCAAUGAAAUUUCAAUGAAAUUUGCUGCCUUUGCUUUUAAUGUGCGCGAGUUUGUGUGUGCGUGUGCAAAUAAAUAUGUAAUCACUCAACGCCCGUCCCCGUGGAAAAGCCUACGAAAAUUUUUAAACAAUAAACACUAGCAGGGCAAUUAUUUUUAAAACCAUUAUUUGUAAAUUUUAUUACAAAAAAUUGAGAUAAAUAGAAGGCUAAAAAGCAUAUCCCAUUGAGUUUGUUUAUUUUUCUGUGCUCAUCUGACGCAAAUCUUGAUUUUUUAUCAAGAAAGAAAAUAAAAGAAAAUUAAGCUAUAAUUGCAUGCGUCACCAACUUUUCAUUUGAAGAAGUUAUUUUAUUAUUUAUAUUGGCUUUCCAACUAAUUUCGUAUUGUGUAUGUAGAUGUUAUUUUAAGUAAUUGUGCUGCUAAUUUUUACUAGGGAGAAAUUUCAGUUUCAGAUUUCAUAGCAAACUAGAGCUACACCAGACACAUACAGUGAAUCAAAUUUGUUCAGGUGCGAAGGCAAUUUCACUGAUUAAAUUGGUAAUUCUUCAUCAAAGCCAUAUCUUGUAUAUUCAGUUUUUUUUUUUAAAGCUCUUUAUAGGUACGUCUACGAACGUUAUGCUCAGCGCUAUCUGUAAAUGCAACAAAUAUAUAUUUCGAAGCAUUGGUUCCCUAUGUUCUCCGCUAGUACGUUGAAAUUUAUUGAUUUUAGAUUUUAUAGACGCUGGAGUAGCUUCUUACUUUGCCAAUUUCUCGGAAAUAAAAAAAUUAAUUUCUUGUAAUAUAUGACGAAUUUUUUGAAAUUGAAUAUGUAGAGAGCUGCUGGGAAAAUUAAAGAUUUUAAAGAACGUUUACAUAUAAAAAAAACAUCACUACGAUACUACCAAAUGAGGAUGAUCUCUGCAUAUGUACAUAUGUUAACGUACUUUUAUUAUCUCUAAACUUCAUUCUAUACAUAUGUAUGUAUUUGGUUAAAGCUUUUGCUCAAGAUUUCAUACAAAUUGUUUGCGGCUGAUCUGAUUGAUUGUUGCAUUAGCAUUAAUAAACGAAAACGACACGUUGCCCUGGAGUACACGAUCGCUUAAAAUACAUCGUCGUGUUGUUGCAUGUAGGUACAUAAAUAUGUUUGUAUUAACCAUUGUAGCUCUGCGCAUUAAAUCAGUUCGUAUGUAUGUAAAUAUAUUCCUAAUAUAUCGUUCGAUCAAUGCAUGCCUGCAUACGCACAUCCACAAUCACACUUAUGUACAUACACAAACAUUUACUUGUCGUCAUUUGUGUCACAUGCCGUUUAAAGGGUUCUAUGUUGUAUUACAAUUAUAAUUAAGAGUAACCAAAUCCAGAGUCGUUCGUAAUUCGAACUAAAUUAGAUCCCAUUUUAUUUGUAUGUUUCGUUAUGUUUGCGUAUUGAUUGUAAAUGUGCAUACAUAUACACAAUUACAUGACAAAGCUCCAAACUAAACUAAAACUGUACUGUAUCUAGAUCGAAAUGGGAGUGAAUGGGAGUAGAAACUUUAUUUGCAAUAUUGCAGAAGAAUCUAUGGAAUCGAAUUGCAGCACUACGGCUAUGUGGGUAUAUAGGUAUGUAUGUAUAUGCAAACUCAAGUACAAGACCAUCACCUAUAUGUACAUAUAUUUCAAACAAUUUGAGCUUAAAAUUUUAUUUAAGAAAACAUGCAAUCUAAAACUUAUGUAAUUUGUUUGAAGCCGAGCGUGUUAGGUACUUGUGUUUGCGUUUUUUUUUGCAUAUGUACGUAUGUAUUCAUGUAAGUCAUAUUUUGUAAACUUAAGCAAUAGAUAAGACAAAUAUGUAUAAGCACAGGACACGCACACAUAAGAAAUUAUGCAUAUACUCGUAUGUAUAAUGUAUGUAUAAAACUACAUAUACACACGCAGCGUGCGUUUAAAACACGUACAUAUGUAUAUGCGAUAUGUAUGCGCAUAUCGUUUGGUUAUAUUCAAUAUAUACCCUCUAUUUGCAAUUUUCACGAAAACUAAUCUGCGAUGUUAGAACCCAUCUGGAGCUUAACUGUCACCACUAAGGUCAUCAUCGAUGACAGUUAAGCCUAAGGUAGAUUUUUAUUUCUAAAUUUCGUUUUGAGCAAAUUGCAGAUAAGAGGGUAUUGAAUAUAAAGCCCCCUCGAUAUGUUUAUGAAUGAAUUGACUUUUAAAGAGUUUUAGUUUUGGCUUAAAUUGCCUUUUGACAAUUUCUCUACAUUGAUUGCCCUGAAAAUUAGUGCAAUUGUUGGUUACAGUAGCACGCAAGCGUCGUAAAUUUUGAGUUUCGUUUGAGUUGAACUGCACUUUCGUUUUUAGAUAAAAGAAAAUAUAACAAUUGCACUUAAGUUAAAAUCAGAACGUGUGUUCAAUAAUGGAUUUAUAUAAUAUUUAAAUAUGAAUAAUAAAAUCAAAUAGCAGAACUGAGCGUACCGUACUGUAACAUUUUAAGUAAACUAGUAAAAUCUAACAAACAAAAGUGGAAUAAAGUUUAACAAAAUAAUUACAAUGAGUUGUUAAAUGUAAAGUCGUAAAACGAAGGUGAUGCGCUAUGCGCUUGCGCGUGUUUUAAGUAAAUACAUGUGCACAUAAAAGCAAGUGAGAUAUUUUCAUAAAUAUAUACAUACAUAUGUAUGUAGAUCACUGUUUGGUACAGUUUAUAAAUAGAAUUUCAGUUAUCGCAAAAUGAAAAUAUUAAAAUGCUAUUCAAAAUAUUUAAUUCAUACAGAUAAAAGAACUUGACUUGCGUUUUUUUUUUUUUUUUUUUUUUUAAUUAAAAAGUGGUAAGAAAAUUGGCAUCUAAAUCGUUAUAUGUACAUAUAUAAUGAAUUGUGGUUAUAUAACAAUUUAUAUCUGAAAUUUUAAUAAUCAUAACAAUUGUUUUAUUUCGCAUUUUUGUGAUAAACUAAAGCAUACAAGUUUAUUAAAAUUACCUCUUGCAGCGAGAAAGUGCUCGCAGUAUGGCACCAGUGUACAUACACACCACCCUAAAUGAAAGAUCCAAAAAAAAAAAAUUAACUAUUUGCCAAUUUAAAUGCAAAUUUUGUAUGUAAAACAAAAGAGAAAAGAAAGAAAAAUGAGUAAAGUCAACUAGAAAUCGUUCAUUAUUCUACAAUGGAGCGAAGCGCAAAUACCCUCUCCAGACACACUCACAUAUAUUAUACACACACAAAAAAAAAAAAAAAACUUGCAUACAUAGUCGUUUCUAGUUUAGUUUGUUUUUUAAUGUUUAUUAUUUAAUAUGUCAUUAAGUCAUAAACAACUGAAUAAAUAGCACAUACUAUCGAAAAGUACGCGUGCAACCAUUUAAGUCCAAAAUGUAAAAUAAUUUAACUAUAUUUUAUCUAAUGUGCUUAUGGAAAAAUGUAUGAAACAAAAAGUAAGCAACCGCCAAAUCAGACAAGAAAUUGCUUAUGCUAAUGUCAUAUGAAAAUGGUAUAAUUUAUGCAAAUAUAUUGCAAUGCAAAAAAAAUUUUACUAAUAAAAAACAUAAAUAUUGACAUUUUGAUUCUCAAUUCAAAUUUGACUUUAGUUUUUAGCUGCAUACGUAUGUUCUAAUUUCAUAUAAACAUUAAACAUUAUAAACAACACAUACACAGUUAAAUAUACUAUAUCUAUAUUUAAUAAUA